AUGUCCACAUCAACAUAUCAACCUACCAUUAUGCCCUUACCGGCUCCUCGGGCUAGGGAAGGAGCCCGAAGUUCUCGAAGAAGAGGUGGUAGUGCGCAGCCUGUUUUACUCGGUGGAGGAGUUGGUAAUUUGGGUAACAUUAGUUCUUCACAAACGCAGAUACAUUCACAAUCACCUUUUUUAUCUGGUCCUACAUCUUUUCUUCCCAGAGGACGUUCUCCGAGUCCAGGUCCAAAUAUGUCGAAUUUAUCAGAUAUGACAUCCCCUACCUCACCACUCUUCUCUAUACCUCCCAUGCCUGCCGUCCCAAAACAACGAUCAGUCACAGCUCCCACCGCUAUCCCACCUCACUCAAAGGGGCGUUCAAUCUCUUCUCUCUCCACGGCAGAUUCCACAUCUUCUCAUACUCUCAAAACCCCACAUUCUAAAGUGGGUCAUCAUCGUCCACCCGUCGUUAUCGCUUCCAGCUCUGGAUCUUUCGAUACACACACCACCAGUCCCACUUCUAGCAUACCUUUGGCUUUGACAGAAGUCAAACAUAUGACGGAACAACGUAGUCCUACAUUACAGACCAAAAGAGUCGAGUCUAGAAAGAGAGAACCCAUCUUACCACCGGCAAUGACUCAAGCACCUCUUCCUCCUGUCCCUUCUUCAAUCUACACAGUCGAGACAAAGGCAUCUUCACCGCCCAGACCCAUCAAAGCACCGCACAGAGCUAGAUUACCUCCUGCGCCAAUCAAGACGGACAACAAACAGAAUCGUUUGAGUCAAGAUUGGGUUCAAAUCAUUUCACCUUCAGAAGAGACAGUCAACAACCUGCCUAUCCCAUCUUCUCAGUCUAUCCCACCCCAGCGGCCUAUGCGAUUGCCACAGGCCACAAUGGUACCCAUGAAAGGGGAUAUCAGGUCCCCUAAACGACCCAACUUUGACCGCGCUCAUUCAGAACCAUUGUCACCUACGUCGAGCAAAAGAGCCGUCACUCAGCCAUAUGGACGGAAAUCCAUGGAUCACUUGAGAAGUACCAGUCCUUCUCCUAUGCCCAGCAGACAAAGGCAGAGCUCACUCAGUACUCCAGCGUCGACAGUCUUGCAAGCAGGCGCGAGACAGAGCAUGUUCGAGGUCGAACCAGCCCCCCCUCCCCGGCCCUCGCUUCAGACCAGAAGAUCGCAUGAUCUCCUUCGGACUUCCACCGACGCUUUACGUCUAUCUAAGAAGGAAAUCAAGGCUAUGCAGAAGGAGCAACAACGAGCAUUGGGAGUGGCAGGCACCAUGCCAUUACAACAAGAAGAAAGGAAAUCCUCUGGGUUGUCAUUGAAGAAAAGCACCGGUGCUCUCAAAGCGUUGUUCGCCCGUGGAGCUAGUGGGAAGAAAGAUAGAUCGGAGACUCCACCUGUCCCGAUCCUAAAUAAUUACCCAGGAACAGGAGUGAACAGACCAUCGAUGGCUGACGAUUUACCUCGACCUCCAUUCGGUCGCUCAAGAACACCUAACUCGUUCUCGUCCUCAACUCCGCCGCUUGGCUCGACUCUUCCACAAAUGCAAGGCAGAAGUUCCUUGUCAGUCGAGAGGACGAUGCAUACUGGACAACCCAUGCAGCGAGCGGCGUCAGUCUCAGCCAACACCAUUAUGUCAUCUGGCUCACCUCCAAGACGACUGCCACCCCCGAAUCGUGACCUGCCGGCUCUGCCCCCUGUGUCACCCUUAUUACCCCCCGAGGUCAAAGAAGCGAAGGUUCAUAACACUCCCUCUACAAGCACCUCUUCUCAGCUGGGAAAAUCCAACAUAGGGGCUCCGGUCAAACUGGGCGAUGCUCUCCCGACAUCUUCCUUACCAUAUCUGAGCCAAUUGACCCCGAGUACACCUUCGACGGGACAGACGGACCUGAAGCUUUUGAAUGUGGCCUUGAGCUCAUCCUCGUCUCCCACAUCACCCCCUAGGCAGGAUUAUGAUAUCUCCCCUAUUGCCCCUUCGAGAACUUUUCAUCUUCUUCAACUUCCCGACUUUGGCUCAUCGCUCAAUCUGGCGUUCGAUAAAAUUGGCACAUCCCCUUCGACUCCUCGUCGCUCACCUCAACGUUCACCGAGAAAAUCGAAGGAUGACAUGUUCAAUGUCCCGUACUAUUCCCCCAGUCGGUCCUUGUCCACCCGAAUCACACCAAAGCCAAGUCCCACGGGGCUCACCCGCACACGCUCAGAACGUAGGAGAUCGAGAAGUUUUGAUGGUCUGAGUAGUGGUGCCAACCGUGAUUUGUGGCGUGUACUUGAAUCGAACGAUUUCCUCUCUAGUCCAGUAGGCAAGGCGUUUGCUUCCCGUACCCCUUCGCCGAUGAACAAUGCAGGGCUCGAGGUGGACGAAUCCACCCCGGUAGCACCCACAAGACAUGUGACGAAACCCUCGAUAUCUUCCGAUCGAUCGGCUAUUCUAUCAUCUGAUCAUGCCACACCGUCGGAUACCUCCAUGUCGAGUCAUGAAACCCCUUCGCCCUCGCCCCCUCGGACACCCGAGAGCAGGACUGCCACUGUUCUUGGAUAUGUGGAUUACAAAGCUCCGUUGACUCCUACUCGAAAGGUUUUCAUUCGUGAUGAUCGUCUUGGGAGUUUCGAGUCAAAGCAGAUGUUGCUCGAGGCUGCACCCAUCAUUUUACCUGCACCAAAAGUGGAAGAAGUCAAGGAAGUCAAAAUUGACAUGCUCAAGUCAGAAAGAGAGAAGGUUGGGAUUGUAGAACCUCCUAGAAGAACUCGAACUCUCACAACCCCUUCGAAGAUCAUCGUCCCCGAUUCCAACAUCACUCUCCGGUCUUUAGCCAGAGAUCUUGAACGUUUGCUCUAUGUCUUUCGGCACCAUUCCCAGACCUCAUCACCAACUGACAGGGCGAAUUUGGUACGUAAUGAGCUACUAGGUCACAUGUCGGAAUUGGAGAAACGACCGAUUGUUCCUGGAGAUGCAGGUGUCGCCGCGGUCCGAGAAGUGGGAUUCGCCUGGAUAGAUGCUUUCAUGUUGGAACUGCAAGUUGAACAGCCCGCCAACGAACGUGGUGCUUGUCUCGAAGGACUAGCAGCGAUGAUUGAAAGUCCGUGUCUCUCAGAGGAAGCUUUGUCGGGGAGUUCCAGCCACAAGGAUAAAUUCACGGCGACCAUGAUCAGGGUCAUGAAUUUUGUCAUGGCCAAAUUAGGUGCUAAAGGAGUGUUCCACAACACGUUGCUUUUCUGCGGCAGGUUCUUGGCAUUUGCCUUUUUCCGUAUCCCUCAUGUAGGGGAACAACUCAUCACUGUGCUUCAACUUCCUAGAGGAGCUAUCAUGCGUCUUACCCGGGAAGCUCUCAUUGAAACCAGGCCCAUCGACUUUGCUCAACCUUCUUAUCCCUCUUUCCUUCGACCAUUGUGCUAUGAUAACGCCCAAGCGUAUGCGGCUCGUUUGAGCGCAUUGGCACCUUCUUUCUCUACCUCAGCUGAAUCCGAGGCGUUCCUUUUCAGACCUGGUAAUUGGCUUAGACGAUGGCAAUCUGAUGAUUCUGAGCUUUUCUACGCCUUCUUCCGUGCGUAUCACCGAAGAUUAGCACAUUAUCUGGGUCCAUCCAUCGAACACUAUCAAGCACGUAAUCAGCCCAUCCCUUCUGGUGUACUGUUCCGAGCUCCCGGUUACGCCCACUUGGCUGCGGUAUUGGCAAAGAAAUGUCAUUCGUACAUCCUCGGAGCUGUUAACGCAGUGACAACAUCAUCCACCACUUCAAACUUUGAUAUUUCCGAAGGUGCCGCAUUCCGUUCUUCUCAGAAACCUCCCGUGCUCGAAACUGCUAAUCGACGAUUAGUCGAAACUCUUGGUACUUUGGCGCAUAUGCAGGUACUCGUACCCACUUCGAGGGGAACAGCAGAAGUUGAUGGUGAUCAAUUAUGGGGUAACAUGGUCAAUCUAUGGACGAGAAAUUUGAUCACCAAAACAUCUCUUUAUCGACCUCAAGCCGUAUUCUCAUUGUUUGAUUUACUAGACGGUAUUGUCGACGCUCCUUUCGAUAGUGGUAAACCAUCAGUGUUGGACGUGUCAUACCUCAUUUACUUGUUUGGUUUGAUACUCACUCAAGGAGAUCACGCUUUGACAUUGGUCAAAGUCAUCGCUUUCAUCUUCACCCAUUGGGAAGCUAUGACCCUUCGGCCGGAAGAUAGGAGGGCUUUGUGUCAGAAUUUGUUAUUGGAGAAGAAGAUGUUUGAGAGAUUGGUUCUGUUUUGGUCGCAUUCUGUCAGAUCUUAUCUGAUGCGUCUGGUGGUAUUCCGCUUAGGACAUUUUCACACUACAAAAGAGGAUGAUCAAUCCAACGAAGUCGAGGUUGAUUCCGUCGCACUUCUACAAACCCGUCUUGCAUGGAUGAGAAAAUGGCACGAUAAAUACGAAUCUGAGAUUAAUUCUUCUUUCGAAGCCGCUACAUCGGACCCACCUCAUACUCCCGUCGAAGGCAGUUUUCCCAGGAGCAAAUCUACCAUCACGAUGGUUCAAUCUCCUCAUGCGGGAGGAUCUCAAAAAGCUGAACGACUCCUCGGUUUGGGAUUAGGAAUGGAUGAUGAGGGUAAACAAAUGGGCUUAGGGGGGAAAGCAAGUAAUUGGAUCUCUAAAAAGUUUGGUAAAACAAAGAAAAGAAAAGAUUCUGGAUUAUCACCCAGUCCUAUUCCUGGUGAAAGGGAUAGUCUUACUCCCUCCAAUAUGAGAUCUUUAAGUCCUAAUCCUCAAAGUUUAGGUUCGAGUUCAAAUCUGGGGACUAGUCCGAUCAUCCCCCCUUUACCUAGAUUAGGAUCACCGUUGCCAAUGCCAGAUUCACCAGAUUCAGAUAGGUUACCAUCUCCCAGUCAUCGAAAACCACCUCCACCUACCAUCCUUACCACUUCUCCACCUAAACCUUCAUCAUCGACAUCAUCAAUGACUUCGAUGACAAAUCCGACAACUGCUUCCACUUCGGUUUCAAACUCGAACACUAGCUCGAGUCUCUUUUCCUUUGAAUUUGAAUUACCCACAGCUUCACCGAGAUCCGAUACAUUCGAUCCUGCUCCUCAACCUCCGAGUCCGAACAGAAACAGAACCUCUCUCCCUCCCAGUCCCAGCAAAUCGAGCUCUCCACGUGUUUCUGCAAGAUUGUCGAAGAGAACUUCUAUGUUACCUACCAACACUGCUCAAGCGCUAGAGGCUAUAUUACAGAAUGGUCAAUUGGGAGUGAUUAGGAAGGUUCAAGAGGAAGAUAGAGGAUAUGAUAGGAAGUUUCAACCGUACGCAGUGAGGAUGUUCCAAGAGUUUGAGAAUGCACAGAAAGAGUAUGAAGAAUGGUGGGCUGAGGGAGGUAUCGGUAGAGCCGAUGGUGUUCCACCUCGUCUUACAGUGGCGUGGCCCUUCCAUGAGAAUGAAGAUUGAGGGACAGUGCGAGAUCUAGUUUACAGUGUGGUAUGACUGUGGAGUGUGGAUGAUGAGUAGAUUGGAAAUAUCUGGACUCUUGGUAAUCUUGUUUUCAUCAAAUCACUUGGUUUGCGUGGUAUGCGCUAUGCGCCAUGAUAUUAUGUACAUCGUAGGAGAAUGCAAAUGAUUUCUUGGUU